CAUCGCGCAUGGACGUGUUCUCGGAUUUUUCUUUUACAGUCGAAUAUCUUACCGAGAUUGCAGACGUUUCGUAUGCAUGCGCAAGCAGAAUGACAUUUGAAGAAGCGCUACUUUUGAAUUAUUGUUCGUCCGUCGUAUGAAGAAUCCGACGAUCAGUUACAAGGGAACAUCGUCAUUUGGAUGGGAAAUUCUAACACCAAAAGAAACUAUCAUAGUCAUCAGAAAUAUGCUAGUCAGUAUAGUCUCAGCGAUUUACUUGGUGGAAGCUGCGUUACAACAACACAGACUUCAAACGAAGGUGGAAGAUCAUGGUCUCGUGCUUCUCACAGAAGCUGGACCGAAGGCACUGUACAGGAUCACCAUGGAUCUUCCAAAACAGUAUGGCCAGUACCACGUUUACAAUCGAUGUUUUUACCAGAGUUUCCAAAUAAGGAGAUACCCUUGAAAACAGGAUAUAUUUUCCUAGAUGUAAUAGCCAGUGGUGCCUAUGGCAAAGUCUAUAAAGUACAGAAACAGGAUAGCGGUCAAGUUUUUGCACUAAAAGUUAUAAGCAAAGCCAUGAUUGUGGCUGAAAAUGCUGUUAUACAAGCAAAACAAGAGGUUGCAAUUCAGAGAAUGAUUGGGCAUCAUCCUUUUAUAGUAAAUUCUACCCAUAGAUGGCAAGGCAGAAAGACAUUGUAUAUAUUGACAGAUUACAUUCCUGGUGGGGAAUUAUUUUCACUAGUCAAGGAGUAUGGAUGUUUACCUGAGGAUGUAGUUAGGAUAUAUGUAGCUGAGAUUGCUUUAGCUAUAGAUUUUCUGCACAAUGCUGGAAUAGCACAUAGAGAUAUAAAACCAACAAACAUUCUACUUGAUAAAGAUGGUCAUGCUGUAAUUAUUGAUUUUGGCUUUGCCAAAUGGUUGCAACGCACAGAGAGAACCAAUACAUUUUGCGGAACGCCUGAAUAUAUGGCACCAGAAAUAUUAAGGAAGGAGUACUACGGACAGGAAGUCGACUGGUGGUCACUCGGUGUCUUGGCUUGCUUCUUAUUCACGAAUCAGUAUCCGUCCACCGUGUCGUCAGAGCUUCUGCCCGAUCACGGCAAGCUGAAGAAUGAUCUGGACUGGGCACCACCGGGAACCCUGCCGGCGAACGCGGAUAUUUCAGCCGCGGCGAGGGAUCUCCUGAAACGGCUUCUACAACCGGAACCUCGCCUGAGGCUUCGUACGUUGCUGAGUCUCCAGCGAAUCGCCUUCUACAUGGGCCACGACCUUCAGAGUUACAUGUUGAAAAAGGAAUCGCCGUUCCGGCUUUUGGGAACGAGUAACCAACGAGAAAGGCGGCGACGACGAGCGGAGGAUCCAUUUUCGGAUUUCGAUUCCUUUCCUGGCGAUAAUCCCACGCGGAGGACGAGCGAUCAAUGAUCUCACACAUGAUUCUAGCACUUUUGAAUUUGCGAGUGUGCGCAAUGCUUGGAGCCGCGACAUGCGGGAAAUUAUUUUUGAUAUUCGCAAUGUUUAGUGCGCCACGCAAUCGUUGAAUUUUAUAUAUUCUACUUGAUAAGCGAACUCGAGAUAAAAUGACGAACGAGAGAUUUGACAUCUAAUCGAUUUCUCGAUGCAUUGACUUUUUUCUAGGUGACAAUAAUGUAAUUAAAAUAACAUGUUGAACGAAAGCGCCCGUUGUUUUCUUUCUUCGCUCAAUUUCCAUCUUCGGAGCAGCUUCUCUCUUCCCCUUCCCCCCGCGAGUCAGUCCAUUGUCUCGAUUUACGAUUUCCUCGUUAUUCCUCACGAUUAAAUUAAGUGGCUGUUUUCGGAGAUUCAAUUAAGAUAGGAAUAUUAUUGGCAAACCAAUUGAACGAUGUUAAUGGAAUGGACCGAUAAUUGGAUCCCUAUUGGUUUACCACAUCGUAAACAAAGAAAGAUUACCCUAUCGUAUCUCUUCUUUCGUUCUUGUGUAUUUGUACUCGUUUCGCGAGGAUCGUCCAAGUGGCUGAAAGGGAAGCGUCAAGUAAAGGUGAAUUCUCCGUUUGAUCUCAGUUUACAAAAGUUUUAAUUUUUUUAAGAAUAGUUAACAGUAUUUUUUUUUGUUACAGUAUCUCGUCGAUAAUACAAUAAAUUGCGAUAAUCGUAAUGCGUACAAACUAACAACGAAACGAAAACGGGUCUGGAUCAGAAACGCAUUUCGUCUUCCGAAAUCAAUGCGAGAACAACGUGCUUGCUUUACACCUAUUUCUU